AUGACCGCCAUCAACGGUCACGGCGAGCCUCCGCGGCAUGAGAAGCAGAGCGGCCAGCCCACCUACCCACGCCUGAUGAUCAACGGCGAUGAGCCACAUCAGUCUGCCAUCCAAUCGCCCGUUCAGCAUCAUGGCAAUACGACGGGCAAAGAGAGACAAGUGAUCGGCGACUAUGAGGUCCUCAAGACCCUUGGCACGGGCUCCUUCGGCAAAGUCAAGCUGGCCCGCCAUGUUGCGCUGGGCAGCCAGGUCGCGCUCAAGUUUCUCUCGAAGCGAAAGAUAUCGGCGGGACAGAUGUCUGACCGGGUGCAACGUGAGAUUCAGUACCUCUCCUUGCUGCAACAUCCGCACAUCAUCAAGCUAUACGACGUGAUUCAGACGACCGAGUCUAUCGUCAUGGUCAUCGAACGCGCAAAGUGCGAGCUCUUCGAUUAUAUCAUCAAGACCGGACGAAUGGCAGAAGGACCUGCACGGAGAUUCUUCCAACAGAUCAUCGCCGCUGUAGAGUACUGUCACAGCCAUAACGUAGUACAUCGCGAUCUCAAGCCAGAGAACCUGCUCCUGGACGAUGAGCUCAACGUCAAAAUAGCGGAUUUUGGCCUGUCAAACGUCAUGCGCGAUGGCGAUUUUCUCAAGACCAGCUGCGGAAGCCCGAAUUAUGCUGCGCCAGAGGUCAUCAGUGGCAAGCUUUAUGCUGGGCCGGAGAUCGAUAUCUGGUCUUGUGGCGUCAUCCUCUAUGUCAUGCUUUGCGGCAGGCUGCCGUUCGACGACGACCAUAUCCCCCUCCUGUUCAAGAAGAUUAAUGGGGGUGUCUUCACCUUGCCGCCGUAUCUGACGCCUGGCGCAAGACACUUGCUCUCUCGCAUGCUGCUUGUCGACUCGACUAAGCGUAUAACAUUGGCAGAGAUAAGGCAGCUCGCUUGGUUCCAGGAAGAUCUGCCAGCGUAUCUCGAAAAGCCGAGAACGAUCUCCGAGAACGACCGGAGCAGGAAGCCGGAUGAGAGCGAGAUUGCGCAAGAUGACGAUGCCUCACCAGGCGAAGAGCGCGAAUGGGUCGAGAACCUCGGCUGGCUCGAGGCUUCUGUCCUCAAAUCGCUCUGUCAGGCGAUACCGAGCUUGACGUUGACGUACGAUCAAGCCUGGAAUGCCCUGUUACAUGGUCGCGAUGAAAAGCUCAGGAUUGCGUACGAGCUCUGUCGCGAUAACAAGAAACUCAAUGCACAUGCUCGUUCAAGAGGGAGAGGGCACGUCCACUCAACCUCGAGCCUUGAGCGCAGUAAGACGACUUCGCCCCAUGCGGCUGCUAACAGCGAUACGACUGUCAAAAACGACACUAUCUCACCAAAUUUCGAAUCACAGCCAGUGAGCAAGUCAGAGAUUCGCAUCCUCCAGACAAGCCUGCCCCAGGCAUACGAUGGCUCCGUUGCUGUCGACGGCAGAGCGCUCAGCGCGAGACUUUCGCCGCUGAAAGCAGCCAGUCGCUCCGGGUUGCUGUCGUCAGGCGCGCCGACAAGUCUCACGCCAGCUCGUACAGCCGGCACUGCUUCGUCAGCUUCCUCGCUCGUAGCGUCCAAGCGGCAUCGUGUCAAGUGGCACUUUGGUAUCCGCUCUCGAUCGGGGCCGAUGGAGGUCAUGCUCGAAAUCUACAGAACGCUCAAAGUCCUGGGCUUCGAAUGGAAGCGGAAAGACGUUUCUCAAGAUCAGUCGGGCGGAGAGACUGGCUCCGAUCAACGAGAAGUCGUGCAUGAAGAUUCAAAGUCGCGCAGACGCAAAGAAGAGGAGCGCGUCAAGAAAGCUCAAGCACUUUAUUUUGUCGAGACACGAUGUCGUAUGGACGAUAUGAUGGUCUUCAUGUCAAUUCAGCUAUAUCAGACCGACAGUGACAACUACCUAGUCGAUUUCCGCAAUCUGGGCAGCAAGCCCAUCAGGAAAGAGUUCGUAGAUAUGGCGUCCUCCGAACAACCAUCUACGCCGCCAGCAGUCGAUCUUAUCAAGGAGUCUCCGAGCGCCUCGCCUGUCAAGACAUUGCAGGUUAACACGGCAGACGAGAUCCGCUCGAGGAAGCCAGAACAGUCCGCGAGCUUUACGCGAUCCAGUGGCGUUUCUAGUCCGUUCCUAUUCCUCGAAUGCGCCUGCUCUCUCAUUGUCGAACUCGCUUGCGGCGCGGCAGCAGCGUAA